CUCGUCCUUGGCAUUGAGUCCUCGUGCGAUGAUAGCUCUGUAGCGCUGGUAGAAGUGAGCAAACAUAACCACGGUGAACUCGAUCUGGACUUGCCCACUAGCGAUGUGAUUGCAAGUCACAAGCGCUGGCAGCUCCGUGUCAUUUUCCACGAGACGGUGACCGCGAACAAUGAUGCAUUCUCAGGCAUUCAUCCCCUUGUCGCGUUGGACUCGCACCGGGCACACCUGGCUCCUCUGGUACAAAAGGCCUUUCGAUCCUGGCAGGAGCAGCAGAGACUACUGUUUGUCGCCGUCACGAGAGGUCCCGGUAUGCGGAGUAAUCUUGCCGUGGGGCUAGACCUCGCGAAGGGCAUCGCUCUUGCACAAGACGUUCCUCUCGUCGGAGUUCACCACAUGCAGGCUCAUGCACUUACACCGCGGCUUCUCGUGGCACAAGCGAACCGUGAUGGCUACGACAGGAAAUCAAUGAACUUGGAAGCAACGAAACCCGAGUUCCCAUACUUGAGCAUUCUUGUAAGUGGUGGCCACACGAUGCUCAUGCAGUCGCAGAGCUUGACCGACCAUGCUAUACUAGCUGAGACGCACGACAUUGCCUUGGGCGAUUGUCUUGACAAAGCGGCUCGUGCUAUAUUACCGGCUAAUCUUUUGAGACCGCCAUAUGGCGCAGCGCUUGAACGGUUCGCUUGGCAUACCGACGUAAAGGAUCUUAGCGAUCUGCUGGAUCAUGAAACGUACGAAGAUGCCCCAGUGCCUACACGACGGCAGGACGAGCUUGAGCGACGACGAAGUGACUGGGGCUGGUCCCUGGCUCCGCCACUCUCGGAAAGCAAAGGCGGAGAAAAGAGCUCUAGACGUAUGGUGUACUCGUUUGCAGGCUUACAGAGCUCAGUCGAGCGAUUCAUGAAGUUUGAACUCGGUCCGCAUGGCGAACUCACACGAACUGCACGGGACCCGGACAAGAUCAGCUUGAGCGAACGCCAAGCGAUGGCACGAGAAGUGCAGCGAGUAGCAUUCGAGCAUUUGGCAUCUCGCCUUUUGCUCUACCUAACGUCUCCGGAUGGCGACGUCAGUAUCAAUACAGUUGUUGUAUCUGGCGGUGUAGCAGCGAACAAAUUCCUACGCCAUGUCGUACGUGGCAUCCUCGACGCCAGAGGGUUCUCUCACAUCAAACUGAUGUUUCCGCCUAUCGAGUUAUGCACGGAUAAUGCAUUGAUGAUCGCAUGGGCUGGCAUCGAAAUGUACGCCGCCGGCUACACCACAAGCCUCGAUGUCGGUCCAAUCCGCAAAUGGCCUCUUGACACAGCGGUAACAGGCGGCGGUAUCCUCGAGACGACGGGCUGG